CCGGUCUCAAAAUAAAAACUAAUAAUCAAAACUCUUUUGUGUAUUGCUGUUGCUGAGCUGUGUAUUUGUUCUCUCUUACUUAAUUGCACAGUCGAUUUUCUUCUUUUUUUAUGAAUUUAGAAUAUAGAGAGUUGGAAAGAUUAAUUCGAAGGUCAGUUUGUGCUCAGCAUUUGAUUGGAAAUCAUCUAAAGUAUGGCGUGUAAAGGUAAGCGAUGUGGAAAAGGUCCAGGAUAUCCAACACCGAUGUGGGCGUAUCAGAAUGGUCCAAGGGAGAAGCUUCUUUACGUAACAACAAUCCAACCAAAUUUAGAGAAUGAGCAGGGAGAUUAUUUAUCCGCAGUUGACGUCGAUCCAGAGAGUGAAACGUACAGUCAAGUAAUUCAUCGUGAAUAUGCUGGCAAAAGUGGUCAAGAAUUUCAUCAUAUUGGUUGGAAUACAUGCUCAAGUUGCUUUUUCGUUGAUUCCAACUGCACCGACGUACCAGUGAGGGAUAAACUAGUGCUUCCAUGUCUCAUUUCUGAUUCAGUUUAUAUCUUCGAUGUUGGACAAGAUCCAAAGCAUCCAAAAUUACAUAAGAUUAUCGAUGGUGAAGUUUUGCGAAAGAAUAAUUGUUCUGCACCACAUACGUCUCACUGCCUUCCAUCUGGCAACGUUAUGAUAUCGACGAUGGGAGAUAAGGAUGGUAAUUCCAAAGGAGAUUUCAUAUUGCUUGAUGGCACAACGUUUGAAUUUACUGGAACAUGGACUGUUGGUGAGACAGCAUUAUGCGGGUAUGAUUAUUGGUACCAGCCGUAUUUCAAUCUAAUGUGCUCAAGUGAAUGGGGUGCCCCAAAUCUCUGGAGACGUGGCUUUAAUCCCGACGAUAUAAAAUCCGAUAGAGAUUAUGGAAGACGUAUAAAUGUUUAUGCAUGGAACGAGAGGAAAUUAAUCGAUACUAUACAUUUAGGAGAUGAAGGAAUUGCUCCAUUGGAAAUACGCUUCAUGCAUGAUCCCAAACGAUGCGAGGGUUUCGUUGGCACAGCACUUUUUGCAAAAGUUUUCCGUUUCUAUAAGAAAAAUCCAUCGGAUGAGAAAUUUACGGUUGAGAAAGUUAUUGAUGUGCCAGCUAAGAAAGUUGAUGGAUGGGUUUUGCCUGAAAUGAAUGGAUUGAUGACAGACAUCAUCUUGUCUCUUGACGAUCGCUUUAUUUAUUUUAGCAACUGGUUCCAUGGUGAUGUAAGGCAAUAUGAUAUCAGUGAUCCAGCAAAUCCAAAACUUGUAGGACAAGUUUUUCUCGGUGGCUUAAUAUUGAAUGACUCGGGUGUAAAAGUUCUCGAAGACACAGAAUUGACAGAACAGCCAUCGCCAGUUGAAAUUAAAGGAAGAAGAUUGUACGGUGGUCCACAAAUGUUGCAAUUGAGUUUAGAUGGAAAGAGAUUGUAUGUCAGUUCAUCCUUAUUCUCUCCAUGGGAUAAACAAUUUUAUCCUGACAUGGUCAAGAAUGGAGGAACGAUUGUCCAACUUGAUGUUGAUACUGAAAAUGGUGGAAUGAAGAUUAAUGAAAAUUUCCUUGUUGAUUUUGGAAAGGAACCAAAUGGACCAAGUCUACCUCAUGAAAUGCGCUAUCCUGGAGGAGAUUGUUCGUCUGACAUUUGGUUAGUCGAGGAAGAUGAAUAAAAAUGAUCAGCAGUUACUUAAGUUUUGUACUUUAUUUUUUAUACCUUCAUCUUCUGUCCAAUAAAAUUACAAUUUUUGU